AUGGGCGAGGAAAACCGCAAAGAGAAGGAACGAAAUCGCAUGGCUGAAGUGGGGGUUCCGUUUCCCUCCCACGGCGGCCGAGGGGUCACCACCGUGAAUUGGGCACCCGUCGCGCCCCAAAAAACACCAAAAGCGACCCCCAUGAAGAAAACCAGGGCCCACCCCCGAGAACCCAAGGGAGGCACGAGCGGCCGCAAGGGAAAAAGAAAAUUGCCGGACCCGCCAUUCCUCAGACGGAAACGGGAACCUUUUCUGCAAAACGGGGUGCGGAUCGUCGCAAAAAAAAAAAAAAAAAAGGUGCGGAGGUGGUUUGCUGCCAUUUUGCGCGGCCUUGCGGGGGCCGGGCCGCGUUUCCGCCAGGAAAAAAAAAAUAAUCCCAGACGAGAAUUGGCGAAAAAGAAAAAGACGCCUUGCACGCAGCGCCGCCGCUUCCAAGAACGAGGAUGGGCAAAUACCGUUUAA